GUCACCAGUCCACCUGACUGGCCUCUCUCUCUCUGGGGCGUGACGUCAGCAUUGCCAGCGUGGAACGCACGUCGAGCCGCCAUACCAGGAAGUAAAGCGCACGUAAGCAGAACAAAGCAGGAAACACUUGACUUUUCAGUCCAACAUUUCGGCCUCCUUUCAACCGAACUCCAUGACGGGACUCGCCGGCAUUUCUUCGCCUUAGGCCGCUUCGUGGGACGCUGCAAUUGGAGUGUGAAGGCCCACACGCACACCUUUGAUGGUGAUGGACUCCACAUUGGUUCAAGUGGACAAGAAUCUGACAGAAGCCAUGAGGAUCUUGGGAGAUGGACAAAGAGAGCUGGAAGCAGGAACAGGGAGCUCACUCUUCAGUAAAACCAGCAUACCCGCCCCCCUGCAGGGAGACGGUCAGGAUGUCGCCACGGUACUGCACCUCGUUCACAGCCUCAUCCAUGAAAAGGAGGAGGGAGAAGACAAUCCAAGCCCACAGAUGCAGAAUGUGGGUGAACAAGGUCACAUGGCACUACUGGGGCACAGUCUGGCAGCCUACAUCUCAGUGAUGGACCGAGAGCGACUUCGGAAGCUGACUACUCGGAUCUUGUCUGAUACCACACUGUGGCUCUGUAGACUGUUCAGAUAUGAGAACGGUUCAGCCUACUUCCAUGAAGAUGACAGGGAAGGCUUGGUCAAAGUUUGUCGACUUGUUAUCAACGCUCGCUAUGAAGAGUAUGCCUCUGAAGGCUAUGCCGUCCUCAGCUCAAAACAGCCUGUCAUCUAUCAGAGCGUGUCCUGCAGGCCUGGCCUGGGACAGCAUUUGUGCAACCAGCUUGGCUUGCCUCUCUCCAGUUUGUGCACAGUGCCUUGCAACACCCUCUUUGGAUCCCAACAUCAAAUGGAUGUUGCUCUUUUGGACAAACUAAUCAAAGAAGACAUAGAAAGCGGGAAGCUUCCUUUGUUGUUGAUCGCCAAUGCAGGUACCGCUGGGGCAGGUCAUACUGAUAAGUUGGGGCGCCUCAGGCACUUGUGUGAUGAAUACAAAAUCUGGCUCCAUAUGGAGGGGGUCAACUUGGCUACCCUGGUGCUGGGUCAGGUCAACUCUGCUAUAAUGGUAGCAACCAGAAGUGACAGUAUGACACUGACGCCAGGUUUGUGGCUCGGACUGCCUGCUGUAACUGCCGUGACUCUCUAUAGACAUGAAGACCCGGCGCUGGCUCUUGCUGCCGGUUUGACCUCCAGUCAGCCUGUGGAGAAGAUGCGAGCGUUACCUCUUUGGCUGUCUCUGCAGUAUCUUGGUUUCUAUGGAAUUGUUGAGAAGAUAAGACACGCCACUGAGCUGAGCCAACAAUUGCUGCUAAAGCUCAAUUCUGUGACCUCCGUCAGGACAUUGGUGGAAGAUGAACUCAGCUCUUCUGUGAUACUGAUCAAAUUUUCAACGGACAGUAGUGCAGCUUGCAGCGGUGGUUCAAUGGAGGCUUACAGUGCUGGAGAGAAGGAAGUGCUUGACGCAUUCAAUAGAUUGCUUGGAAAGGAGCUCGCAUUGAUGGUUCCCACCAGUGGCGUAGAUGUAGUGGAACUUGAGGAUGAGGGCACCUGUGUUCGUUUCAGCCCCCUCAUCACGGCUGCAGCUUUCGGGACUCAACUCAAAGAUGUGGAUGAACUGGUACAGAAGCUGGCAGAGCUGGUGCCCAUGAUGACAUCCACAAUAUGCUUGAGACAAGACUUUAAAGAGGAAACUCACCGGCACUCACCUUAUCUCACAUACAUAGAGGAUCGUAGCUGGCCUGGCCUUGGAGCUGUCCGGUAUGAAUCACAGGCUGUGGGAAUCGAUGAUACCAGGAGAAUGGAAGAAAUGAAAAAAAUCACCUCUGAACUGCUGAAGAAAUUACAAGACCUGGACACUGAUAUCAUUUUCUCCACCGGCACUGAUCUUGACGGUGAGGGAAGAGAGUGUGCCAUCUACGUAGGCAUGGUAGCUGAAGACGUUGACGUUGCAGAGCUUGUAAAUAUAAUAGCUAACCUGGGUCGAGACAUUGAAGAGAGUGGACGGCUUCUGGAGAACAUGACCGAGGUGGUGAGGAAAGGCAUACAGGAAGCAGAGCAGGAGCUGGUGAAAGCCAAUGAGGAGAAACUCAUGGAAGAGGGUGUGUUGAGACAGCUACCUUUGGUGGGUUCCAUGUUAAACUGGUUUUCUCCUGUUCAAGCCUCAGUAAAAGGCAGGACCUUCAAUUUGGCAGCAGGUUCACUGGACUCCACAGAGGAGACAUACUCCACCAAGGCACAGGCAGGCAGACUUCCUUUAAAAGACUCCCCCACUUUGUCAUCAGAGAGACUGCAAGGUCAGAGGUUGUUUCGGCGCUCAGGGGCCAGCUCUGAGGCUCUCAGUGAAACCAGCACUAUUGGACAUGCUGAUGGGACAACCGGCAUCCACCCGACCGCUUCUAUAUGUGCACCAGAGGAGGACUCUCAUGUUGCAUGUCAAGGCACACCAGAAGAAAGGAUUCAGGAUUCUUGUGUGCAGAAGCAUGACCACAUGGAGGCUGGGCCAGUCUUGGAGGAAAGGAAGCCUGAAGGCCAAGAAGCCCAGCAGAGUGGAGAAUAGAGCACCUACUUUUGCAAACGUCCUCCAUUUGUCCCUAUAAUGGUUCCAGCCUACUGAUGAUUUAAGACAAAUUACAUCGUGCAUUUAACUAUUUUUGUUAUAAAAGAGAAGAUGGUUUCUCAGAGCGUUUGUUUCCAACAAGGUCAGUGAAGUCGAUCGGAAAAAUGGAUACUGUAACACUGUGAUUGUCAUUUCUAAUCAUUUGUCUUUUACCAGCAGCCGCAGUGUUCUGAGACAUGUCUUCACACACUCACCUGGCGUACAUACAUAUUACAGUCCGACCUUGGUUUUCUUAGUACCGGAUUUUUCGGAGUAUAAGUCGCACCGGCCGAAAAUGCACAAUAAAGAAGGAAAAAAACAUAUAUAAGUCGCAUUUUUUGGGGAAAUGUAUUUGAUAAAAUCCAACACCAAGAAUAGACAUUUGAAAGGCAAUUUAAAAUAAAUAAAGAAUAGUGAACAACAGGCUGAGUAAGCGUACGUUAUAUGAGGCAUAAAUAACCAACUGGUAUGUUAACGUAACAUAUUAUGGUAAGAGUCAUUCAAAUAACUAUAACAUAUAGAACAUGCUAUACGUUUACCAAACAAUCUGUCACUCCUAAUCGCUAAAUCCCAUGAAAUCUUAUACGUCUAGUCUCUUACGUGAAUGAGAUCAAUAAUAUUAUUUGAUAUUUUACGCUAAUGUGUUAAUCAUUUCACACAUAAGUGGCUCCUGAGUAUAAGUCGGCCAAACUGUAAAAAAAACUGCGACUUAUAGUCCGAAAAAUACGGUAAACAAACCCGCUGAUUUUUAGUAGUAAUGUGCGAUGGCACUGACGUUCUUUUUGAUCUGAUACCUAUUAAAAUUCAGGCUGGUAUCGGCGACACUGAUCCGAUAUCGGAUACUUGGUGCAAAUAUGUCUGCUUAAAGUUAAAAAGUUGUGUAUUUCACAUAACGUUGCAUAAAAAACACAACUAUGUAUUAUAUAUUAUAUGAUUUAUUUACAUUUAUUUCAAACUGACCUACCCUAUUUUUCGGAGUAUAAGUCGCUCCGGAGUAUAAGUCGCACCGGCCGAAAAUGCAUAAUAAAGAAGGAAAAAAACAUAUAUAAGUCGCAUUUUUUGGGGAAAUGUAUUUGAUAAAAGCCAACACCAAGAAUAGACAUUUGAAAGGCAAUUUAAAAUAAAUCAAGAAUAGUGAACAACAGGCUGAAUAAGUGUACGUUAUAUGAGGCAUAAAUAACCAACUGGUAUGUUAACGUAACAUAUUAUGGUAAGAGUCAUUCAAAUAACUAUAACAUAUAGAACAUGCUAUACGUUUACCAAACAAUCUGUCACUCCUAAUCG